AUGGCUUUUAAAAGCUAUUUUACCCAUAACGACGAAGAGUCUGGUAGCACUGCCAGUCAACGUCUUUUGAGUCAACAAAGAAGGCUUUCGGAUGUCAGCAACAGUGAUUCGGAGACAGAAGAGCUAUUGUUUCGUUCAGACGAGAAGGGCCUUAUUGAAGCAGAAUACCAAAAAAAGGGCUUUAAUUGGAUUUGUGUUGGAUUCUUGUCUAUUUUGGCAUUUGCUUGGAUAUUAUGGUCUAUUUCCAUGACUCAAGUAUUUUCAGGCUUAAAUCCAGAACAGCCCGUGGAAAUUGUAGAGCAUAAAAAAGUCCAGUUCGAAGAUAUUUUUAAUGCUUCUUUUUCUGUAAAGAGAACUAGUUUAGUCUGGGUCGAAAAUGAUCCUAGAGAUGGCAUUUAUACUUACCGCAGUCCUCAUUCCAAUGACAUUUUAUUGGAAUCCAUUGAAGAUAGAAAAUCACAAGUGUUUGUCCAAGAAAAGGACCUUAAAUGGAGGCAUUCUGCCCUAUUUAAUGCAUACAUCUAUCGUGUGUCUGAUAAGACAAUGAGACCAUUAAACAUCAAUUCAACUUUUCAUACUAAACCCAAGAUUUCUUAUGCUGCAUGGAGUCCAACUGGACAUCAAUUAGCUUAUGUCAUGAAUAACAAUAUCUAUGUUACUGAUUUAAUCAAACACAGACAAGUUACUUUUGAUGGUUCCAAGACUGUAUUUAACGGAAUCCCUGACUGGGUUUACGAAGAGGAGGUAUUAGCUUCCAAUUUCGCUUUAUGGUGGGCACCAGACUCGAGCCAUUUAGCUUAUUUGAGACUAGACGAAACUAGUGUACCAGAAUAUCAUUUACAAAUGUACACUCGAGAUCGCAAUGCAUCUUACCCUAAACAAGAUAACAUCAAGUAUCCUAAAGCUGGCGCUCCUAAUCCUCUUGUUUCUUUGCAUAUCUAUUCGCUCUCUACUGAUCCUUCCAUCACUGCUUCCACUGGAUCUGGUGCUAAAGCACUUAGCCAUAUCAAAGAUUUCAAGGAGACAAACCGUUUAAUAGUGGAUGUUGCUUGGGCCACAGAAUCUCAUACUCAAUUGUUGUUUAAACAAACAAACCGUAUUCAAGAUCAUGAAUAUACCAACAUGGUCAAUAUUGAUAGUGUUCAUUUAGAAAACAGCACAAUCCAGUUGGUGCGUGAAUAUAAGCCUAAUGAUGGUGGAUGGAUUGAUAUUGCGCAAAACAUGGUGUAUUUACCUCCAACGAACAAUAGCACAAAAGUGGACGUUUCUUAUUUGGAUAUCUUGGACAACCAAGAUGGUUUUUCUCAUCUGGCUAUUAUCACAGCUGGCAAAAAGUCCAAAAUUACUUGGCUUACUCGUGGCAAUUGGGAAGUUGUGGCAGGCACAGUUCAAGUAGACUCAAAGCGUCAACUUGUCCAUUUUAUCUCUACAGAGAGAUCACCUCAUGAACGUCAUUUAUACAAGAUAUCACUCAAAGACCCUCAUUCUCGCACUUGUGUUACUUGCCCUGAGAAUCCUGAAGAACAUGCUUAUUAUUCUGCAUCCUUCUCACCUAAAUCUGGUUAUUAUAUCUUGAAUUAUGAAGGACCUGGUAUUCCCAACAUAGUUGUCAGAAAAGUAGAUGAUGAUGCAUUUAGUGCUGUCUUGCAAGACAAUGCAGAGUUAAGAGCACUUUUGGAAGACUAUGAUUUGCCUCAAACUCGUAUGAAGACCAUCUCAAGUGAUGGCUUUGAAAUGACAGCCAUGGAAGUUGUGCCAGCAAAUUUUGAUGCUCGCAAAAAAUACCCUGUCUUAUUCCAUGUGUAUGGUGGACCUGGAUCUCAAUUGGUGACACAUCGAUUUGAGUUGAACUGGCAAACAUUUGUAGCUAGCCAAUUAGGCUUCAUUGUGGUUACAGUGGAUGGAAGAGGCACAGGUUUCAAAGGCAGAAAAUACAGAGUAGGUGUCAGAGAAAGACUAGGUGGACUCGAAACUAUUGAUCAAGUCAAUGCAGGCAAGCAUUGGGCCAAAUUGGACUAUGUUGAUUCUUACAGAAUGGCUAUUUGGGGUUGGUCUUAUGGUGGCUAUAUGACAACCAAAGUGAUCGAAUCCAAUGAUGGUGUAUUCUCUACUGGUAUGGCAGUGGCUCCUGUCACUGAUUGGCGUUAUUAUGGUAAACAGAUUGUUUGUUGUCACCAUGACUGA